AUGGCAUAUGGAUCUGCUGCAGUGGUGAAUAAGAAAAUGCAGGAUGCUGUCUUUUACCAGAUGUUCCUAAAAGGGGAUUAUCAAUACAAAGGGAUUCUACAAUUGCUGCUUCAUUUUCAUUGGAUCUGGAUCGGUGUGAUCACUCUAGAUGAUGAUAAUGCAGAAACCUUUGUACAAAAUGUGCUUCCUACCUAUUCCCAAAAAGGCAUAUGCUUUGAGUUUAUAGAAAAGUUGCCUCAAUUAACUUAUCUUACUGGCUUUGAUCAGAUGUUUGAAGAAGGCUUUGGAACUUUAAACAUUCUCAUGGAGAAAACUGCUACUAUUUGGUUCAUCCAUGGAGAAAUUCAUACCAUGAUGAUUUUGAGACUGCUGCUCCAUCUCUCAACAUUUGGAGAUAGGCCAGUAGUGAUUAAGAAUAAAGUCUUGAUUAUGACAGCCCAGAUGGACUUCACUUCUUUACCCAUUCAAAGAAAUUCAGGGAUAUAUUUCCUCCAUGGCGCUAUGUCAUUUGCAGUUCAAUCAAAGGAAGUUCUAGGUUUCCAGCAAUUUGUUCAGAUCAGAAACCCUGUUUCAGAAAAAGAAGAUGGCUUCAUUAGGACUUUCUGGGAACAGGCAUUUCUUUGUUCAUUCUCUGAAAAAGAUCCACAGAAUGAGAAGCUAUGCACUGGAAAAGAAAAGCUGGAAUCCCUUCCUGAAUCUGUUUAUGAAAUGAGCAUGACAGGCCACAGCUACAGCAUCUAUAAUGCUGUCUAUACAGUGGCACAUGCUUUGCGUGACAUGCUUUCAUCCACAUUGCAAGACAGAACAAUGAUGAUUAAAGGGAGGAUCAAUUUCAAUCAAUAUCCAUAUCAAGUACUUCCCCGUUCGGUGUGUAAUGAGAAUUGCUAUCCAGGUUCAGUCAAGAGAAAGAAGGAAGGCAAACCAUUUUGCUGCUAUGAUUGCUUCCCAUGUCCUGAAGGCCAGAUUUCAAACCAAAAAGAUAUGGAUAUCUGUUUCCAGUGUCCACAAGAUCAGUAUCCAGAUCCAGAACACAGUUUGUGCAUUCCAAAAACAAUGAGCUUCUUGUCUUAUGAAGAACCUUUAGGGAGUGGUCUGGUCAUUCUUGCUUCUUCCUUUUCUCUCCUAACACUACUAGUGCUCUGGAUUUUCCUCAAGUACCAGGACACCCCCAUUGUUAAGGCUAACAACCAGCACCUCAGCUACAUUCUUCUCAUUGCUCUCUUGCUUUCUUUCCUUUGUGUUUUCCUAUUCAUUGGCCACCCAAAAAAGGUAACCUGCCUGCUACGACAAACUGCCUUCAGCAUCAUUUUCUCUGUGGCAGUUUCUUCAGUGUUAGCUAAAACCAUCCUUGUGGUUCUGGCUUUCAUGGCGAUCAAGCCAGGAUCAGGGAUGAGGAAAUUGAUGGGGAAGUGGAUGGUCACCUCCAUUAUUCUUUGUUGCUCAUUUAUUCAAGUUACCAUUUGUAUUAUAUGGCUGUCUGUAUCUCCCCCUUUCCCAGAUUUGGACAUGCAAGCAAUGACUACAGAAAUUGUUCUGGAAUGCAAUGAAGGAUCUGUAUUUAUGUUCUACUGUGUCUUAGGUUUUAUGGGCUUCUUGGCCAUUAUGAGCUUUACAGUGGCUUUCCUAGCAAGAAAGCUGCCUGACAGUUUUAAUGAAGCCAAAUUUAUCACUUUUAGCAUGUUAGUAUUUUGCAGUGUUUGGCUGUCCUUCAUUCCCACUUAUCUGAGUACAAAGGGAAAAUAUAUGGUGGCCGUAGAGAUCUUUUCCAUAGUAGCAUCCAGUUUUGGGUUACUGAGCUGUAUCUUUUUCCCCAAAUGUUAUAUUAUUUUGAUUAGGCCUGAAAUAAAUAACAAAGAUAUUAUA